AAAGCCCUCCAUUUUAUCACUUUUUAACAUUUGAUGUUAAAAACCAAAAGAAAAGAAAACUGAGAUUGUCAUGGCGCUUCUUCUUAGGCCUUCUUCUUCCUCUUAUCUCCUCUCACUUCGUUUCAUGGCCUCUCGCUUCCUGGCUUCCUCUUCUCUCAAUUCUUCUUGUUCAUAUCCUCUCUCUUUCUCUCGUCCAUCUCUUAUCUUCAAGCCAUCCAGUGUCAGGGUGAAUUCUCCAUUGAAAAGGGUUUCGUGUCUUUCAACUCGAAAUGCGGUGUCUCCGAGGGCUUUCAUGUCGACGAGCACCACCGAGGCUCUACAAGGAAGUGCCAGUUCAAAAGCUUAUGGUUCUGAUCAAAUUCAGGUACUGCAAGGCUUAGACCCUGUUAGGAAAAGGCCGGGAAUGUAUAUUGGAAGCACGGGAUUUCGUGGUUUGCACCAUUUGGUUUAUGAAAUAUUGGAUAAUGCUGUGGAUGAGGCUCAGGCUGGAUUUGCUUCUAAAAUAGAUGUUGUCUUGCAUGCUGACGGUUCUGUGAGCAUUACUGACAAUGGUCGUGGGAUUCCUACUGACUUGCACCCAGUUACCAAGAAAUCUUCCCUGGAGACUGUGUUGACGGUAUUACAUGCGGGUGGUAAAUUUGGUGGCUCCAGUAGUGGAUAUUCUGUGUCAGGCGGUUUGCAUGGUGUGGGUUUGUCUGUUGUUAAUGCCUUGUCUGAGGCUCUAGAAGUUACCAUUUGGCGUGAUGGAAUGGAAUAUGAGCAAAAAUAUGCUCGCGGGAACCCUGUGACAACUUUAUUAAGUCAAAUUCUUCCCCCUGAAUUGAAAGAUCAUCAAGGAACACGAAUCAGAUUUUGGCCUGACAAAGAAGUUUUCACUACCGCUAUUCAGUUUGACUACAACACAAUAGCUGGACGAAUUAGGGAGCUAGCUUUUCUCAAUCCUAAGCUUACUAUUGCUCUGAAAAAAGAGGAUAGUGAUCCGGACAAGAACCAGUAUAAUGAGUACUUCUACGCUGGGGGAUUGAUUGAAUAUGUGACAUGGCUAAAUACUGAUAAGAAACCGCUUCAUGAUGUCGUGGGUUUCAGAAAAGAAAAAGAGGGCAUUUCAAUUGAUGUAGCUCUCCAAUGGUGUUCAGAUGCAUAUUCAGAUACAAUGCUGGGAUAUGCUAACAGCAUACGUACGGUUGAUGGCGGCACCCAUAUAGAUGGUACAAAGGCUGCUUUAACAAGAACUCUGAAUAGCCUUGGGAAGAAGUCAAAAUCUAUCAAGGAUAAGGACAUUACUUUAAGUGGUGAACAUGUGAGGGAGGGAUUAACAUGUGUUGUCUCAGUCAAGGUUCCAAAUCCAGAGUUUGAAGGACAAACAAAGACUAGGUUGGGAAAUCCGGAGGUGCGAAAAGUGGUUGAUCAAUCUGUUCAAGAAUAUCUUACUGAAUACUUGGAGUUACAUCCAGAUAUACUUGAUUUAAUCCUUUCCAAGUCUUUAAAUGCUCUCAAGGCAGCUCUGGCAGCAAAGAGGGCAAGGGAAUUGGUGAGACAAAAGAGUGUACUGAGAUCAUCAUCUCUUCCUGGAAAACUAGCUGAUUGCUCAUCCACAAAUCCUGAAGAGGCAGAGAUCUUUAUAGUUGAAGGAGAUUCAGCUGGCGGAAGUGCAAAACAAGGUCGUGAUAGGCGCUUUCAGGCUAUUCUCCCUCUGAGGGGUAAGAUAUUGAACAUUGAAAGAAAGGACGAGGCAGCUAUGUACAAAAAUGAAGAGAUUCAAAAUCUCAUUCUUGGUCUUGGACUUGGAGUAAAGGGGGAGGACUUUAAAAAGGAGGCUCUACGAUAUCACAAGAUUAUCAUCUUAACAGAUGCUGAUGUAGAUGGUGCUCACAUCCGGACAUUGUUGCUGACAUUUUUCUUCAGAUAUCAGAGAGCCCUAUUUGAUGAAGGUUGCAUAUAUGUUGGUGUUCCACCACUUUACAAGGUUGAAAGGGGAAAGCAAGCAUACUACUGCUAUGAUGAUGCUGAACUUAGAAAGCUUCAGAGUUCUUUCCCUUCAAAUGCAUCAUACAACAUUCAGAGGUUUAAAGGCCUAGGAGAGAUGAUGCCUACACAAUUGUGGGAAACAACAAUGGAUCCAGAGCAAAGGUUGCUAAAGCAAUUAGUGGUUGAAGAUGCCGCUGAAGCAAAUGUUGUCUUUUCCUCCCUUAUGGGUUCCCGGGUGGAUUUUCGGAAGGAGCUCAUACAGAAUUCUGCAAGCAUGAUUAACCUUAACCAGUUAGAUAUUUAAGGGUGCCUUAAGUGUACAAGCAUUAUGUAUACAGCCCACAAGACAGAUAAGUGAAAAGUGAAAACUUGUUUAGAGUUAUGUAGUGGUAGUGCAGGAGCUUCACUGCUGCAUCUUCUUAUUCAUUGUGAUUGACACCAUGUCCAAAGGCAUCCCGUUUUCCUGAGCCUUGGGUUAAAAUGCAUGGAAUUGUAUUCUUUUGGGUGUGGUAGGAAAAUUUAGGAUGGUAGAUAGGUGCAGAUUUUGACAUAGUAUACAAGUACUGUUGUUACCAUAUCAUGGUUUUUCUUUGAAGUUGUAUUAUUUGACAUGAGAAUAUGAGCUCCAAUGUUACCAAAAUAUUCAAUCCACCCUUGAUCAUCUAGAGUGUACAGUUGGUGUAUGUGCACUGCUUCACCCUACUUGCUAAUACUUUUGGCUGUUCUCCAGAUACUUUAUAAAAUUUAUGAAAUAUUCUCGUGGCUAA